UCUGAGAACGAGAUGGACGUAAUAUGCGCUAGCGGCUUCAGCAUCAUAAAAUACCUAUAUUCUUGGAAUACAGAAACACACUGACGAAUUGUAGUUAGUCUCCAUUAUACGCGGACAGAGAGCUAUUCACCCAUUUUUGGGAACGGGGGGAACUCAUUUACUGUGGGGGGGUGGGAAAUGCCCUUUAGUUUUUAUUUGCGAAUAUAAAGCACCUUUCUAAAAUGUGAAAAUUUGAAAUCCUGGUUGUCUGAGGUUUCUUAACUCAAAAUUUACAUACAAAUAAUUUUGCUCUCGCGUGCUAUGAUUUUCAUUCCUUCAUUUUUUUAACCACCUGGUCUUUUUGUUUGUUUUCUUUUUUCCUUUUGUUUUUGUGCCUUUUACUUUUUUGUAUGGAAAGUUGAUCGUGACUGACUCUUAAAAUAGAAGUGACAUGUGACGUCUCCUUUGAAUUUUGGAAACUGUUUCCUUUUAUAAAUCAGGUGAUAAAUUUGGAAACAACGUUACUGUUGUAAAACAGUUGUCGGUUAACAUUGCUUUCUUGCGUUUGUUUUUCCAUGGAACGACUCGACCGUGUUGUCUUGUGGCAUAUUGCAAGUUUCCUCGGUCCUGCAGAUAUUGCGCAUUUCCGAGGAACUUGUCGGAGGUUAUACUCAUUGCUGCCCCAGGUUACUGUGACUAAAGAUCUGUGGGAAGGAAAUGACUUUCAUAUCCUCGGUUCACGUACACAACACUGGUGUCCUGAAAAGUACUUCGACGGACCAAUACUCGUGGGUAAUUUGCUUAAGCUAGAAUUGUCGGUUGUGUGGAAGGACCAAGGCUGGGGGAACAAAAAAGGAGAGCUGUUCGCCUAUUUGAUGAGACCAAGUCGUACAGGAGAACCAGUUAAGAUUGCCGAACACAGAAGAUUGCUUGGCAUCGCAGACCAUUGCCAAACGGAACCAAAUACAGAGAUCGGUAGAGAGUCCGCUAUUGUGGCCAAGUCGAAGAAAGGGGAUUUUUGCAGAUUUAUGAGAAACGCUGGCGGUGGAGGAGGACAUGAACUGUUCGUAAAUAAAUUUCAGGUCAAGGCUACAAUAUGUGAAGUGGAGUUUUAAACUUAGUUUAUUUGAAAAGUUUGAUCAAUUCAAAACGAGUGAACAUAUAACUGGUAUUCAUCGCUUUGAAGACAACUCGCAUCAGAGGAGCGGUAUUUGAACCAUAUUUUUUAGUGGUCAAUGUGAUUGUCAAAAGGUAUCCAAUUCAAACUGAGACUCAGAGAGGUAAAAAAUCUCAGGGAUUAAGAAUGUUCUCUAGUCAUGACCACUGUUUUCUUUCAAGAUCAACUGAGUUCCUGAAUUGAAUAAUACGACCAAGUUAGCCUUAAGCUAGCCAAACAUGAAUUUAUAACCAAAAUUAAAAAAAAACAAUGAGAUAAAAAGUUAAAUGCGUAUGUAAAAACUGAAACAAAAUGGACGUUUUAACCUAGGAGCAAUGAUUAUUAUUAUGAAUUAUCUAAAACGGGCUGCCAAACCGAAAUUGAUUUUCAAAAGCC